AUGGCCGCUGGGGUGACGCUUAGUCCUGCCAAUGCUGGAUACACACCGGCAGAGCUCGCGCAUCAAGUUAAUGACUCUGGCGCAUCUCUCAUAUUCCUCGCCCCGUCCCAUUUGGCUUUAUUCGACAAAGCACGCCCACUCCUCAAACGCUCCUUUUCCCCCGACCGAAUCGUCCUCCUCUCAGAGAACCCCACGUCACCUUAUAAGACAAUCUACGAUAUCCUCGGACCCAAGAUCACCACUCAACAUUUCGACCGCGCCGACGCUGGGGCAACUGCCUGGCUAUGCUAUUCUUCAGGAACGACUGGGCUUCCCAAAGGCGUAAUGACGAGCCACUUUAACAUCACGAGCCAGAUCCAAGCCGGUAACGUCGGGUUCCAACGUAUGAGGCCCGGCGACGCCGUCUUAGCGUUCAUCCCGUAUAGCCACAUCUACGGGGCAGUUAUCGGGCUGUUACAGCCCAUCUCACAGGGCGCUGCUACCGUCGUCCUGCCCAGAUUUGACGAGGUACCAGUCCUAAAAGCUAUCGAGAAGUUCAAAAUCACGUUGGGAUUAUUCGUUCCACCCGUCUUCAUCGUUCUCCUAAACUCACCCCACGUGAAGAAAUACGACCUAUCCUCCCUCAAGACCAUCAUGUCCGGUGCGGCCCCACUCUCUGCCGAACUACUACACGCUUUUACCGCCCUCAUUCCUCAAUGCCGUAUAAUCCAGGCUUAUGGCAUGACCGAAACCUCCCCAAACAUUGCCAACAUGCACCGCGGCAUCUCGGUCGGCCGUGAAUACUCGGUUGGUCGCCUUCUUCCAGGUUUCCAAGCACGCCUAGUCAAGGAGGACGGGGAGGAUGCCGACUCGUCAAAGGGCGAGGCGGGGGAACUGUGGGUUCGAGGUCCCUGCGUUAUGAAGGGGUACCAUAACAACCCCGCUGCGACCAACGACACCAUCGCUCCAGGAGGAUGGUUGAAGACGGGAGACGUGGUUACCCGCGAUGCCGACGGGUGGAUCAGCGUCGUGGAUAGGAAGAAGGAACUCAUCAAGUAUAAGGGGUUCCAGGUCGCCCCAGCUGAGAUGGAGGGCCUACUCAUCCAACACCAAGACGUGCUUGAUGCCGGCGUGGUCGGCGUAUACGAUCCCAAACAGGCCACCGAACUGGUUAGGGCGUACCUCGUCCUCGGCGGGGAAGAUAAGGAGAAAGUAGCACAAGACGUCGCUUCGUGGGUUACGCAACAGGCCGCCAAAGCCAAGCAUCUCUCGGGAGGCAUAGUGGUUCUCGACGCGAUUCCCAAGAGUCCAAGUGGGAAGAUUCUGCGCAAGCUCCUCCGAGAGCGGGCGAAGAAUGAUACGGAUACCGUGUUCGCCAUGCCACGGACGGCUAAGCUGUAA